CAGCUAUUGUCAUAAAACGUUCCUACCACAAGGUAUAACAUAGAAAGAUACUUGAUCAGCUUUCUAUGCGUGUAUAGCGAUCAUAUUUUAGGUAAAUAACAUAAGAGAGUCAUCAGGUAUAAUUGUACUUGCUAAUUGUGCCGUUUGACCCAUUCCUAUUUAUUCUUUCUGUUAUCUUCACUUUCAUUUCCGUCAAUUAAUUUUUGGUUUUUUCGUUUUAUUUCGCGUAUUAGUUUUUGUUUUCAAAUUUCUUUUCACUUGUUGAUUCUAUUUUAGCACAUAGAGUUCCAAUCUUCUAUUGCUUGCUGUUUUCUUAACACAUUCUAUAUUCACAUAUAUAUUUUUUGCACUAUGACGACGCUUCUUCUUACGGUGUUUAUUUCUUUAGCUUCGCUCGUUCUAGCUUCUCGGCCUCAGCAACAGUUUUUGGAUCUGCAUUCUUUUGAUCACGCUAUCCCUCUACAAUGGAAAUGGCUUGGUACUGUAGACACUGACCAAAAGACUCUUUCUUUAACAGACAAAACAUCUCAAACCGGAGAGGACAGAUAUGGUGCCCUCUGGGCCAAUACACCUCUUUCAGAAGAUAGAUGGCGCAUGCAAACAUCUUAUGUUGCCCAUGCUAGUGAAAACGAUGCAGUAAAGUUUGGACUUUGGUACACCAAUGAGCCUAGCCCUGAAGGUCCCAUUUGUGGUUCAUCCGAUGGAUGGGACGGUCUUUUGAUCCAACAAGAAGUUGAUCUUACUGGUAAACUCAUCGUCCGCGCACUUUUGAACGAUAGAUCGAUUUCUUUGUCACAGUUCUCUGAUCCAGACCUCGUAGCAUUCGCAAAAUGCACUUUCGAAGAUAUGUCCGAUAAGCUUAUAGUGGCUGAUCUAGCUUACGACGAAGAAAAUGGUCUUUCUCUGCUCAUCAAUCAACAAACGUGUUUUUCAUCGAAAGAAAUCUUGUUGCCUAAAGGUUAUUUCCUUGGUCUCUCUUCCACAACAUCAUCUGCAAAACAGAAUAUUGUUUUAUCCAACAUUAAUGUAUUGAGUUCAAAUCACUUUAUGACCAAUCAGCCUCUUUUCAAGUCUGAAAAAGCACCUGUCGUUCAAACGCAUAACGAACCCACCCGUGACGGAGACUCGCAAAUAAUUAGUGCCUUGCAAACCGAAGUACAAAAGCUUUCUUCUGAGAUUAUUUCUUUGAAUCAACGUUUAAAGGAUUUGCAUGUCACAACAGCCGGUUCGUUGGAUCGUCUAAACAGUCUUUCUAGCAGUCAAGUCUCUAGUGAUAGACUUCAGGAACUUGAAAAUCGCCUAAAAACUGUACUGACUACCUAUUCUUCUGAUUCAGAAUCUGUUGCUGCGCGUCUAACCAAAUUUGAAAAAGAUCUUGCAAGUACUGUGGCCAAGUCUUCUUCUCAUCUUAAUUUCACCAACGUUCUCAUCGUUGUCAUUCUUGGUGUCAUCGUUUCCUAUGGAGUUGUGCUCGUUCGACGAGAGCGACGUCGUCACAAGUACCUUUAAAGUCAUGAAACCAAGCAAACAUGUAUAUAUGAACGAAUGUCACGGUACCUUUUCCCUUUUUACAAAAAUGUUACCUAUGUCAGCUUUUCGUGAAUCAUGAUACAUUCUAACAUUGUGUUAAUAAAAGCGUUAAGCAUGUAACACCCUUCUUUACACACUUUUUUAUGUAGUGGAUGACCCAAGUAAAAGGUCCUUACUAUUUACAAAGCCAAGAAUUUAACUAGUUUUCAAGUACUAUAUAACAAAAAGCAUUUUUAUUACGACCAUUAUUACGCCUUAUUCCAAACUCAUUGUAUUUAAAGGAAUCCAAUGCGGUUAGCGACGUCGAGAGCAUCGGCUUCAGCAGAGAGCUUAACGAAUGCCUUUUUGGUACCAUUGGGACGAACCAUGGUGUUGAUCUUGACAGCAUCAACGUCGUACAACUUCUUAACGGCGGCCUUGAUAGUGUUCUUGUUAGCGCGCAUGUGAACACAGAAGACAAGGGUGUUAUCGUCUUCAAUCUUCUUCAUGGCAGACUCGGAGUUGAUGGGAUUGUCAAUGAUCUUAAAUUCGUCAAGACGAGGAGCGUGAGCAACACUCUUGCGGGCAUAUUUGGGCUUGCGUGAAAGCUGAAGAGUUUUAGGUCUAAAAAGGAGUUAAUGCUUGAACUUUUCGAAAGCAAAAAAACAAUUCUCCAACGUAGUCAUGGACACUCAAAAUCAGUUUCACCACAUUGGAAUAAAAUUACACAAAAUUUUCGCCUAAAAAUAGUACUUACCUACGGAAGGUUGUAGAGGUACGAACCUUUCGAGCAACCUUAUUGUGAAUGCCCUUUUGAACGGCCUUUUGUGCUCCUUGUGCUUUGCCAACGCUCAUUUUAGACUCUGGUAAACACACUAAUCAGUCUUGGUAGUUUCAUAACCGCCGUUACUCUUUUCUGAAAACCAGUCACUAGCCCUACCCUAUGCUUUAAUUAACGAGUCUUUCGUUUGAUUUCACAAAACUAAAUCUUUUAGCCUUCGCUUAUAUCGCCACAGAUCGCUGUCUUUACUGAUCUCGCUUUAUAUUGAGAGUGAUUCACAAACAUCAAACGUAUCCUUCUCCAUUCACAUCUUGUCGAACUUGACCUUCUUGCAAGGGAUUAUUGAGUGAA